GCUAAGUGCUGAAACCAAACAGGCGCUUCGACGACAGUCAAGCUCAGGCAAAAUGGUCAUCGAGAUGACAGGAUUGGAAGCAGGGAGCGAGUUUCCUGAUUCAGAGUCCUCCCUUUGCUUGAUAUCGAACAGAGGGUGGUUUCAAAGCAACGCAGCCACCAAAAAUUCAAACCCGUAUGAUGUGGUGUUUGAGCAGAGGCCCCUCCCAGGACUGAAGACGAAGGAAGCUGUUGAUGCAAAAAUACCUGCAGUUCUGAGAGGAAUGACGGACAUGGAGCUGGCUGCAAGUGCACUAGGUGGUCUCAUCAGCUACCUUGGAAUGCUGAAGGUAUUUGUUGCCGUCUAUGUCGAAGUCUACAGAACAUAGUGGUAUUGUGAAAUAGACGAUACUAUUAAAUUGGGAAGUAAAAACUGAGACUCUGA